AUGUUCAAUUCAAAGAUGUUGAUCACCUUUGUCUGUUUAUUAUCCAUCUGUUGCUUUUUUGCUUCAUCUCAAAACGUACUAUCUUCUUCUCAAAAUAUUUCAUCAUCUCAAACUACAUCCCUUCAAGAUAUAUCAACCCAAGAUAUAUCAUUUAUUUAUGAAGAACCAAUUAAUGGGUUAAAAUUAUAUAAUACUUACUCCUAUAGUUUAGAUGGUUCUUUGAUAAUUUGGAUGGCCUUUGAAGAUAAAGAUCCAGCAUGCAUGUUACCUUAUUUACAUUUACGAUUGAUGGAUAAAACAGGAAAAAUAGAAUAUAUGGAUUUUAAUUACACUCUUCCUGUGGAAGCAAUUUGUCCCAUUAAUAUGGAUAUUUUAUCCUUAACUGAUAAUCAUGUAAUGAUAGUUUAUGUUAAAUCAAACAAUGGUGUUAAGGGAAAAUAUGGCAUAAUAAUUAAUUACAGGAAUGAGUCUAUAAAUGAAAUAUAUUUAGGAAAUGCUAAUGGAUUUGUUGAACGUAGCAUAGUACCAUAUAAAGGGUUUAUUAGUAUUGAAAAACCAGAUAAAGAAGGAAUAGCAGCAUGGCAUUGGUUUAGCAAUCCAGAUAUUAUAACAGGAGAAGUAGUGGGACAUAAAAAUGGUGAAUUUCAUGCACCAAAUCUAUUAUCAUAUACCUUAGUUGAUAGUUUAAAUUUUUUAUUAAUAGAUGGAGGGUUUGGUUUUAUAUAUAUUUUAAAAUAUAAUGAAGCAAAAGGAUCAGAUCCAAAUCUUCAAUACUGGAGAGUAUAUGUAUCUUUUCUAAGAGAAGGUACAGAUUCCCCCACAAUACCUUAUCUGGUUUACCAAACCACUAAAAGAUUAAAUAAUAUAACAAUUAAUUCAUGUACUGUGACUUAUAAUGCCGAAGGAUAUGUAUGUAUUAUGGCAUUAAAUAAUACAGUCAUAAAUAAGAAGAAUAGUAAAUCCCGGACUGAGAUAAAUUACUAUCAGUUGAGAUUUUUAUCAACUGGGGCCUUAGAACAAUUAAAUAGAAUUUCUAAUCCAACAAAUAGUAAUACGGACAUUGAUUUUGAAAUUUUAUAUUAUGGAGGAUUUCUUAUGGAGCAUAUUCACAGUACAAUGGAUUUUUAUCUUUUAGAUGAUAAUGGUAAUUAUACGCAAUUAUGGGAAUCUUUUGGACCAGAGUUCUUUCAUUUUAAUACAUUUCAUAUAAAUAAUACUAUUGUUGGAAUAAAGAAUCAGAAUAACAAUAAACUAGAGUUUUUAUUAAAAUCUAUACCAAGAUUAAAUAAUCGAAGUACUGAAUAUGGUUGUCCUGUAAUUGAAACAACAAAGCCAGCUAUUAAUGAAGUUGUUGAUCCUUUGAUUAAAGAAAUAAUGAUCAAAUAUACCAUUCCAGUAAAGUUAUCUACUGCGAAUGUUUCAAUAUUUCAACAAAGUGAUGAUCCCAGUAAACCAGAUCUAUUAAGACAAACAUUUUCGGGAGAUCAUAAACUAUGUACUGUUGGAAGUGACAACUAUACAGUGCAUAUCCCAAUUUUCGAAAGUACAUUUAGUCAACCAAACUCCUCCUAUUAUGUGUUGGUUGAUAAUAAUUUUGUCAUCUCUCAAGAGAGAGAUGAACCUUUAAUAGGAAUUAUCAAAAAGAAUAUUUGGACAUUUUCAACAGAACCACUUAAUACGCCAGUACAACAUUCAAAUUCAGUUACUGGAUUACUUCGGUUAAAUGAAGAAGGAAGUUUGAAAUUUCUCCAAACAAAUCAUUCAGUAUUUUUUAAGAGUAUGAUUCGAGAAUUUUCUAAAACAAUUCCAGUAACUGAACAGAGGAUAUCGACAAGUGGUAUAUGGAAAUAUGACACUACUUCUCCAAAAAAAAUAUUAUUAACAUUUAAAAUAAAUGAAGCUAAAGAUGAUCAUAUAAUUGAACCAAACUCCCAAACAAUAUUUGAAAUUUUAAGAACCUUGAUCAAACAAAAAAGGUUUACUGCACUUUCAUCUAAUGAAUAUACAUCUUUAAUUGAUGAAAGUGCACCAUUUAUAAUGACCCGAAAUUAUUUUGAAGAAUAUCGUUCAUUGAUUAUAAUAUUUAUAGUAGGUUUAGUUGUAUUAAUAAUAUUAUAUAUUUUGGCUCGUCUAAAAAAUCCUGAGGCAAAAAACUCUGUAAUAUUUGAUACCUGGUUUAUAAUACAAGAUUUUGCUGUGGAUUUAGCAUUUGUAUUAUUAAAAGUUAAUAAUACACCACAUUUAAAAAUCCCAACGUAA